UGAUUGAAUGGAACUUUAGAGUCGAAAGCAUACUAGACCGAAGAGAAAGUUACAUCGGGAGAGAGAGGAUGCAUUGAACCAUGUGCUACAACAAAUGUGUUAGUAGCUGUUGAUAAGAAGCAGUGAUAAAUGAAAACCUUUUUAGCGCACAUGUAGGUUACCGUCUCGGAUCCUCCUGAAGUUGGUCACUAUAUCGCGACUGAAAACUGCUGCAACGAAACGAACUUAAGGUUGAGGAAUAGAAACCGACUGAUAUUCAGCCUGUGUAGGCUUACACCUAUUGCACAAUUCCUUUAUUUGUCUUUUGAAACUCAUUGUGUUUUACUUGGAUAUCAUGCCACGCGUUCUCGUUCUCGCCUGCUUGGAUUAAUUGAUAAUCACAUGCACCUGCUUGGUUGGAUUUUUUGGAACCUCCACAACAUGCAGGCCUAUGAAACAAUUAGGCAAAAAUGUUACAUUCUGAAUCGUGAAUGCACACGUCUUGGUCAUUAUUGAACACUAGUUGACUUGAUUCCUUGGAUCUCUCAUAACUGGAAUCAUCUUUGCAUGAGCCUGGAACGUUGGACCACUGAUGGCGAUGACAUAGCGACCGCGGCAUAUGUUAUGUCACAAGGAUACCGCGCGCCCCUGAAGUUUACGUUUUGGAUAGAAUACUAUUUCUAACAGCAUAUGCAUGGCAUACAUUGCUCAUCAUAUCGGAUAUCAAAAUGAUGCGCACCGGCCCAAGCCUUGUCUACGAGUGGCUACAGACUAUUCAGGUGCCCCAAUACUUGGAGGCGUUUGUGGACAAUGGCUACGAUGAUUUGGAAGUUUGUAAACAAAUUGGGGACCCCGAUCUUGACGCCAUAGGGGUACACGCACGGCACCACCGACAAAAAGUACUCAACGCGGUGAAGAAGUUAAGAGAGGAGGACAAGAAAAAAGCUCCCGGUCUUUACUUCACCCUCGAGCCUCUGAACCCCUCUCCCCUGAGCCCCUUGUUGGGCACCAGCACCAAGCUCAUCACAGAUUGCGAGAAUGACUUCCAGUGGUCAAGGUCAUGGACAGAAUCCAAUCAAGAGGAGGUUGGAAAUGGAGGUCACCAACAAUCAUCUUGUCCAACAAACCACAAUCUAAGUUUAACUGAUGAUUGUAAAGAGUUGGUGGCCAAUCCCAAACUGAAGGUCUUGAUCAGGGAUAAACUUGUGAAAGAUAGAGUCCACCACAAUGAGCCGCCAUACACCUAUAAGGAUGGCUCGUUGGGAACCUUUGAGGACUUGGCUCAGGAGUACUCGGAGUAUUACAGCACUUCUCUCACUGACGUCCAAGACAGAAUGGAGGAGAUCUGCAAACGCAAACUUGUACAAGUUGCAGAGUCAGAGAUGGAAAAGGUUGACUUAGUGCCCACAUCACUGCAGCUUCGCUCACAGAUCCAGGAUUCGCUAGGGCUGAGCAGCAGCAGCACUGUGUCCACUCCCGAGACAGAGAGAAGGUUGUCUGUGCAUAAAUCAAGUUCUGAGGAUGCGUCAGGGGGAAAAUGGGACGGAAAGAGACUGAAAAACAAGUCAUUCUGGCAGAAUUUCCGGAAGUCGCAGAAAGGUGUCGUGCGGCAGGCCACGAGAGGUGAGGACAUAGGUUUUGUAGCCAGUGACAUCACUAUGAGUGAUGAAGAGCGCAUCCAGCUGAUGAUGAUGGUCAAGGAGAAGAUGAUAAGCGUGGAGGAGGCCUUGGCAAGGCUGAAAGAGUUUGAGAGCCAGAGCAGACAGAACUGCAGCACUGAUCUUACAGAAUGGCCUGAUGCGCCCAGUCCAACCCUGAACGAGUCCUCCAACUGCAAUCCAGGUGAGCAGUCGGAGGGUGAACAGGAGGAGUCUGGGACGUUCAGACGGCUCCAUAAGCUGGUCGGCUCCACUCGCAGGGUCCGCAAGAAACUCCUCAAGAUCGACGAGUCCAAGAAGCCUGAGUCUGACGAGUCUCUGAGUAUGGUUGGGCCUGUCCCGGGUGAUGCCAUGUCCUCUCUGUCCCUGUACUCUGGGGUUCAGAAGAAGCAGUCUGGCGGGUGUCACCACGUUGACUCCCAGGCCUCCGCCUUGCGCGACCAGCUGACUCAUGACCUUCGAGACUCAGACAGCCUGACCACCUCCCCCUCCUCCUCCUCCUUGGACACCUGCAGCAGCAACACACACACCCGCAGCCUGGAUACAGUCUCCAGCACCAGCCAGCGACUGUCCACAGCCUUCAGUAAGACAGGAGGAUCCAGCCCAGCCUGUAGCCCAGGGAGAUGCCCCAGUGGCGACGUGAGGGCCGGGGGUAGUGGUUCUUCCCUGUCAGAGAUAGAGGUUGGUGGUGGAGAGGAUGGACCCAGGAUGGCCCGGUCAGUCACGGAUGGAGAGAUCAGGAGAGUAAUCGGCCCACUCAGCUACCAUGGGAGAACCUGUAGCUUUGGUGGGUUUGAUCUGACCAACCGGUCUCUGCACAUGGUCACCGGAGAUCAGGACCUCACUAACAAAGAUGGGGAUGCCAGUGUGAAAGGUGUAGUCAAGUCUCCACAGACGAACCAUCGAAUCUCUUUGGGCAAGAAAGUGAAGUCCGUGAAAGAAACCAUGAGAAAACGCAUCUCCAAGAGAUACCACUGCGCUCUCUCUGAACAGUUAAGCCCAGACCGUAUGUCCAGCGGGCCCCAUUCCCCCCACAGCCACACAGACACAGAGUCACUGGAGAAAAUCAAGCUGAAGGCUGGAGGGUCAGUGGAGAGCCUGAGGAGCUCCCUCAGCGGACAGAGCUCCAUGAGUGGUCAGACAGUGGGCACCACAGACUCCUCCAACAGCAACAGAGAGAGUGUGAAGUCUGAGGAUGGAGAGGAGGAUGAACUUCCCUACAGAGGACCCUUCUGUGGUCGAGCUAUGGUGCACACUGACUUCACCCCCAGCCCCUACGACACUGACUCUCUCAAACUAAAGAGAGGUGAUGUGAUUGACAUCAUCAGCAAGCCUCCAAUGGGGACGUGGAUGGGCCUGCUGAACAGUAAGGUGGGAACAUUUAAGUUCAUCUACGUGGACGUUCUGGCUGAGGAGGAAGACAAACCUAAGCACACCCGACGGAGGAGGAAGGGACGGCAGCCCAAACCCACAUCUGUUGAGGAACUCCUGGAACGCAUCAACCUCAAAGAGCACCUGCCCACUUUCCUCUUCAAUGGCUAUGAGGACCUGGAUACCUUUAAGCUUCUGGAAGAGGAGGAUCUAGACGAGCUUGACAUCGGAGACCCUCAGCACAGGGCUGUGCUGCUCACCGCUGUGGAGCUUCUGCAGGAGUACGACGGUAGCAGCGACCCGGACCGUAGCAGCCAGACAGGGGGUUCUCAGGAGAAGCUGUUACUGGACCGCCGGGGCCUACUGGGGGACUCCCCACGAGACUCUGGCUGCUACGAGAGCAACGAGAAUCUGGAGAACGAAGGGAGGGGCAAAAAGACGUCUUCUUCCUUGAGUAGGUCCUCGUCUGGUUUUCAACCCAGUCACCUCCCAUCCCCAGAGUCCACCGGCCUCCCCCUCACCCCGACCCACCCCAGCAAGACCACCUUACAGACCAGACCAGAGCACCAGUCCACUACCUUACCAUCUCUAGGAGCCUCCAUGACCAGCUGCAACCUUCUGAGCACAGGCUGGAGCCAGAGCCAUCCCAGUCACACCCACAGAGCCAUGCCACUGAGGAGCUGGAGCUGUGGCAACCUGGGCUUGGCAGGUAAGCCUACUCCCACAGCCCUGGGGCCGCUGAGACCCUGCCUCCCGUUGGGGGAGCUUCACUCAGACCAGGGCCUCCACACCACUGAUCUCCACACCCUGGAAGACAUGAAGCCAGCUCAUACCACCAUGUCCAAGGCUAAGGGACAGGGCUACCCUACACAAGAGGCCCUACAGCAGUUGUUGACACACUCUGAAGGAUCUUUCCUGCCCUCACAACCACUGCUCACCUCACCUUGUAGUGUUCUGUCUGAUACGUUAGAGUUGGACAUGGGAAUUCCCAGGUUAACAGACCUCAUUCCAUACACACACCUCAAAAUAUCUACUCCAGGACGUAGACCCAAGCAUCGUUCAGCCAAGCCUUUCCUGUCAAACCCAUGUAUACCAUCGUCACCCCCAGCAAUGACCAGUGGCAGUGCCUAUAAACUCUUCUCUAUAGAUGGCGCCUCUUUAAAGGAUGAAGUUAUUACAGAGGCAACAACCCAACCGUGCAGCUCAGACCUGGCAACCCAAACCUGUACCUGUAUCUCGGACUGUGACCUGGCAGACUCUCCUCUCCAGUCUGAAGCUCACAGGACGCAGCCUGCUGGGGGAAUGGAAACUAUGCCUGUCAGGUCGGUCAACCUGGGACCCCUCCUGGAGGAAAGACUGGAGUCAGAGGGGAUCAAUCUGACAGCGGAGCCCUUCUCUGACAAGUAUGGUCGCUAUGGAAUCCCCCAGUCUCUGGUCCAGAGGUACGCCACUGACCUGAACCAGCCUCUAACAGAGACCAUGUAUGCCUUGGACCUGCUCAGACUCUCACAGCUCCGCAAGCAGCAGCGCAUGGCAGUGUGUCAAAAGCCAAAGACCCUAGCACUUGGACUAACAGCAGUGACUGACAACUGACACGAAUAUAAUUUACUGCAGCUUACCGAGUUUCCUAUCAAGGUGUCAUAUCAAGUAAUUUACCUUUUUGAUUUUAAAAUAUUAUGAACAUUUCUAAGCUAUUAUGAACAUUUCUAAGCUAUCAUGUUAAUAGCGUACAUGAAAUACUGUGACUGACUACUGAUUUUAUUAUUUUUUUCUUCAUUUAAAUAUUUUAUAAGUUUGAGUGCCAUUAAAGCAAAGCAAAACAUUUUCUUUCAAUGUACCUUUUCUGGAAAGUUAAAAUGUAUAAAAAAAUCGGAGACAUCUAAAUCCCGAAACUAAAGCAGCUUAAUUGAAUUUUAAACUUAAAUCUAUUUUGCAUGAAGAAACAACCUGUCAUUCAUCACAAAUUUGUGAAUAUCUGGGAUUUCCCUCUUCACAAUGCAGAAAGACUGCAUUUAAUCAGUGGACACCACUUGUUUUUAUUACAACACCUGUCAUAAUUCAUUUUUUACUAAAGUAGAGGUUUAUUAUUAUUAUUAUUGAUAAAGGUACUGCAUAUGUGUGAACAUAAACAUUUUAGCAAGAGAUGGCACUUGUAUAGCCUAAGAAAGUAGCAAAAAUGUGCAGAAAGUAGUUUUGAAUGCAUUUUAUUGAAGGGAAACGAUAGCAGUCUUGAACUUUUUUGGGUUAAAACAAUACCAACUGAAAUGUCAUACUAUUCUACUGCAGCGAUCAUUGAUUGCUUGUCUGAAAUAUCCUUCUCCCUGAGGGGUUUUGGCUAUGUUUAAAUGGCAUAAGUACUGUUCAGUAGAAUCCAGAAAUGCAUUAAUUCAAUGUCAUUAGUCUUGGUAGCUUCCAAAACAUUCAAAUGACUUCUAACACUAUUUCAAAGUAGAGAAUCAAUUGCAUUUUAUAUCGAGCCGGCAAAAUCUCAAUUCUUGCAUUAAUUUAAUUCAUGCGCAAUGGCAGGUAUCACUAAUUGUGACCAAAAAGAGGUGCAUACCGAGUGAAUAGGUCAUAUUGUUUCAUGAUUUAUCUCUAGCAGAGCAUCUGUUAACAGCCUGGUCCUGAAGGGCCUCUGUUAAGAAAUCAUUCACAUUUUAUUUCAAGACUGCUAAAUCUCUGCUUUCUAUUCAUGAAUUCAUUGCUUUCUUUUCAUUUAUAGCAGCAGGUAUCACAUUGUUUUAACAGAAAAUGGUGCAGAGUGAGUGAUUUUAUAUUAUUGGUACCUGUGGUGCAUAACUAUGGCCUUGGCGGGCCUCUCAUAGAGACACUUCCCGACCAGCACCCAUGGCCUUAGUUAUGCACCACAGGUACCUGUCGGAUCCCAGGAGGACAAGUGCUCUCUCCACCUGGACAUUCUUCCUAUCCUGUCUCAGCCCCACAGAUACCCCCAGGACCCUGGCCCUGCUCAAGGACGGCUCUAGCCUGCUUACAGCACUCCAGGAUGCCCUGGCGGUCCCUUGGCUCCACCUUCAAGUGCCAGUCGUCCGCCUGCCUACGGUACCAAACAGUCGCACAAAGACAUCAACUGUCUUUCCUCCAAAGAGCAUACAGAUUUAACUUGUAGUGAACAUGUGGAAAGUUGUUAUAGUUCCUAGUGGUAGAACCUGGGCAUCCCCCUUUCUAUUUUUAUCAUCAUGUCAUUUGGUUUAUUUCAGAGUAUUCCUCGUCAUCAUGUAAAGAGCAUCUCAUUUUAUGAUGCAAUGAUGCUUUCUAAUAAAGUUGAACUGGACUUGC